AUGGAGAGGUCCUUACAGGACAGGGAAAUCGUUAGUUUGCUACUCGAAGAGGUGGACGAAGAUCCCGAAGAUGAUAUUGUAUUCGACUCCAGCGACGAAGAGUCUGAUGAGGUUACAGAAGAAACUUAUGAAACCGACUCGAUCGAUUCGGAGGAAGACCUCUUCAAAAUAGUUGAUGAUGAGAACUCUUCAGAUUCUGAAAUAGACGUGCCACUGUCAGAGUUAACUUCGCGGCCCUCAGGAAGAACUUACAAAGGUAAAGACGGAACUUUGUGGUACAAACUUCCAGCUAGAUCAAACGUUCGAACACGUAGUGAAAAUAUAGUAUCUGGAACACCGGGUGUCAAAAUAUUAGCGAGAGAUGCAAAAACUCCUUUAGAAUGUUUCAAUCUUUUUGUGGGCGAGUCUAUGUUGCUGGAUAUACUAAUUCAUACAAAUGUGAGAAUCCGAAGAACGAGACUUGGUCUGAACACUUCAAAUGACUACGCUUAUGCAGAAGUUUGUAUGGAUGAGCUGAAGGCUGUCAUUGGUCUAGUUUACCUUGCGGGAUUAUAUAAAUCUGCAAGGCAGAAUUUACAAGACUUGUGGUGUAAUGAUGGAACUGGUAUUCCUAUUUUUGCUAUGACAAUGAGCUUGAGAAGAUUCAUUUUUAUUUUCAAUCAUUUGCGAUUUGAUGAUGUUGAUACACGUCAAGAAAGACUGUCACAGGACAGACUAGCCCCGUUCAGGAAACUGUUCGAAGAAUUCGUUAGCAGAUGCCAACAACACUACACGCCCUUUGAAAAUUUGACUCUAGAUGAAGAGCUUGUAGCUUUCCGUGGUCGCUGCAAAUUUCGCCAAUAUUUGCCAAAUAAACCAGAUCUCCGCAAACGAAUUGCUGACCGUAUUGGUCUCGACGAAGGUCCACCGGUGAAAAAAACAGCUCCAGGUGUAAGGCGUAGAUGUUACGUUUGUACAUCAAAGAAAGACCGUAAAACUCAAUACAUCUGUGAGACGUGCAAAAGCCACGUGUGCCUAGAUCAUGCAAUAUUCCAGUACGGAAAUUGCUUCAAAGGCAAUGUUCCUGAAAAUGAUGAAGACUAA